GAGGGCGAGACGGCGGAGGAGAGAAAAUAAAGAAAUGAUCGGACUAGUCCGCCGGCUGCCGCCGAUGCAGGCCAAUUGAGCGAGCUGCGCGCUGGGGCUCUUUUCUCUCGAUGCCUCCGUGCGGACGGAACGCUCUUCGCUUUCGUGUAUCGUAUAAAUUAACUCGUCGCUCUCCUACGAAUUUCCCCUCCAACUUUUCGACGUUUUCAUUCUCGGUGACGAUCGAAUAUCGGCGCGGGCGAAGGAGACGAGACGAUGAAAAUAUCCGAGCGAACACGUGCCGAUACUUUUCCACAUCUCUCUCUCCUACCGCGGGAUAAUUCCUGCGCCCGCGUGUCUCGGAAAUAAUAACAUCGCCGUAUUCGUACGGAGGUAUAUACGUAUAUUCUUGAACCGGCUCCGGCAAUUACGCGAGCCUCGCGGAGCUCAAAUGUAAAACAACUCGGGCGGCCCUUUCACCUCCGGGGCUCAACGCGAUCGCCCCUCUCCGAUUUCCGUUACUACUAACAAUCUCAGCUGCGGUGCAUGACUGUUACGCCCAUCCACGUCGUGUACGUACAUACAUACAUACGUAUAACCAGGGUACGUGGACGCGUGUUACAAUUUUAUCGCAACACAAAUUCCAAACUCUAUUCAAUAAUCGCACCUCGUCAUAUUCCAAAAACGCGACCGAGGUGUUUUUAUUAAGGGCUACCGCGGUGUCUCGUGGUCGGCGCAUCUGCGCCGCAGGUAGCACCUGUCUGCCCCGUUUUAUCGUUACAGCUUAUACGUAUACACGGUAUAUAUAUAUAUAACCGCGGGCGUCGUGGCGGAGCAAUCAGUCGGUAAUUUUAAUUAUCGUGUGCGUAUUUACGAGGCGUAAUCGGCCGGCUCGGAUCUCCUUGCGCGGGUCGCGGAGAGAGAGGGGCCGCGGCGCAAUUGGCCGAUCCCUCCGCGCUUCGCCUCGACGGUAACGAACGAGGCGCACAAGAUCGGGAGGAGAGAUUACGCCCGCCUCUGCGACUAAUUGCAUUCCUAAGCCCACACCGGAUAGGAAACCGCCGACGUACAACGACGAACGCGGACAACGGCUACGUACGCGCGGCCAUAGCCGAUAUAAACGGAAUAUCAAAUUAACCAUCUUAUACCGCGAUUGGUCACCGCGGACAGUAUCACUUUCAACUUUCCACCGUCAUUUAUCUACUCCGCUUAUACUCCUCAUGACUCCGGGAGUCCGGAUCACUUGACCGAGCCUCUCAGGUGGAAAUCUGAUUCGGAGAUUCCACGCUACCCCGGGGCCAACCGUUAGAUCCGGUAGACCCGAUAGGAAUAGUUUAAACCCGCAACGGUGGCUCACCUACGCCGUAUUCAUCAUACUCCACUUGAAAUUAGGGUGCACCCGCAAGCCGUAUACACGUGAAAAAAUCGAUCGUUCAUUUAUUAAUCCUCGGUGCGGCUCGUCGAACCGUGUCAACCUUUUGGCUUGAAUCUGUGAAGGUGACGCGUGAAUUCCGAUGUGAUUUCCACGCAAAUAACGAACGAUCUCUUUUUCGCCCCCUGUUCGCGUUUUUUUUUUUUUGGUUUUUUUUUUCUUCUUCUCGUUGUUCAGCUGGGCUGCCGCGAGGCGGUUUCAGGGUAGUCGAAUGUAAGGGGCAAUUCGGUGUACGUAGCAUCGAGGGCAUUAGGACUAAUGAACAGAUGAGAAGCUCGAUACUCGACAGUUGAUAGGAAACGACCGAUAAUGAACGUAUACGUACGUACGUUGCGCAUCGUCACUAGACGGUAACCCGCACCGCGACCACUGUCCUGGCGUUGCUCACCGCCCGCUCCGCAUUCCUAUGCUAACCAUUCCCAUUUCCAUUCCCAUUCCCAUUCCCAUUCCCGUUUCAGGCCCCCAGUUUCUCGAUUAUUAUCCUAGUUGAAAGUAGUUUAGAUUUUUUUAGGAAAUCGAUUCAGUUAACAACAGGGUUGACGCACACCCGCGUCUUCGGUGUAUCCCUUACUGUGUAUACGUAUAUCUCUUUUUCUUUUCCGUCCAUGUACAAGCAAUCUAUUAUAUAUACAUUACAUAUGAACGAGUAUACGCAUGUGGUUUCUCGCGAUGAUUAAUCGUUCCGCGAGAGAUUCCACUUAAUAUAUAGCUCAAGAUAAGGUUCUGGUUUGCCACGGGGGGUGCGGGCUUUUGUCUAAGCCGGGCCUUGGCCUUAAAAAUGAUGCCGGUCGCCAGCGGUGGUAAGUUCAUCAGCAUAGGUGACAAAAUUAGACUUCCGGACGACGUCACGAUGGGCUACAUAAUAGAGCACCUCUUAAAAAAACCACUCACGGUGGUGGAGCAAUUUCAUUCGCAUCUCGAACCCAUGAAGUUUCUGCACAAGGAGACUUUUCAGGAUCAGAUAUCCUUCAGUUUUUCUAAAAACACCAAGGAUGAAUGGAACAUCGUUAAAAUAGACGGUUUCGAUCUGAAGUACGAUCCUAAGAGAUUCAAAUCGAUACAUUGCCACCUAUUUCCGCACUUCUCUUAUUGUCCCCGAAGAUGAUCCAUCGCCGGAGGGCGGCUCGUUGUAAAAUAAAGAUAAAAAGAAUGAACAAGUAACGAACGAAACAAGACGAUACUCCUUCGUGGCGCUUCGCUUCUCUCAGGGAUCAGUCUUCGAGUUUUUGGAUGCUGCGGGUAAAAUUACCAACAUAAAUAAGGCGACGGUAUAUUAUUAUGGUAUAUCGAACGAUGUAUCCAUCCUACGCAGUUGUGGUAGGAUUUUUGUCGAUUUUUGCGAAACGACGAACCAAGGAUACAGACGCUCCACUGCUCUGUACGUAUACAUAUUUAAUAUCCGAGCCACAUAUGAAACGUUCUCUGAAUACCUGGAUAGGUUUUCAUUCGGAGCCGUUCCCUCGGGACAAAAUGAAUAACUCCCAACCUCAGACCGGCGCGAAUACUCCGUACUAUUCGCGCCGGGAUUGCAUCGCGCAUCAUUCGUUUGUAAAUAAAUAAACGCGGAUUGUUGUUUUUUUUUUUUUUUGUACGAUAUUUUUCGAUAUUUAAGAUGAAAAUAAUGUAUAACUUUUGUAAUAUAGUUUUCUCAGGGUAUCUCUUUGCGUUGUAGUAUGUAUACGUAACUAGUCCUCGCCUAGAGAGUAUAUGUAUAUUGUAUACGUUGUCUCUCGCGUUUAUAAUUCGAUUUUAUAAACUCACAACGUAAUUUGUGUAUAUUCAUUUAUUAAUCGUUAUACGUAUAUGGAUCGUUUCUUCUUUCGCUGUGAUGCAAUCGUGCAAUACAAAUAAUCUCUUUAGUAUCAUACUAUCGUUGUUGUACAAAAAAUUUUCAGGAAGAGGAAACGUUAAUAAUUGUUUAAAAAAAAAAAAGAAAUGUAAAGAAACAAAAAUUUAUUUGGGUUUAAAGAGCAGCUCGCGGUUCACGUUCUCCGUGUUGAACGAUAGGUGUUGGUGUGAUAUAAUUGAUAGGAGCAAUACGGAUAAUGUCAAUCGCCGAGUAGCCUCGUAUCGGUAUCAAAAUACGAAGUCCUACCGAGUCCGAUUGGAAAAUAAAUAACCCCCUAUUAAAUGCACUAUAUUAUAUGAAAUGCAAAUUAGACUAUUGAAUAGUUAGUUUAUUGAUCACUUCUGUACAUAGAUUGCUCAAAGCAAAAUAUAUAUAAAUGGCGAUACUGUUUCUGUAUUUGUAUGGUGUACAUACAUACAUAUCAAAAAUAUUUGUAAUCUCAAAUUUAUUUUAUACCAUUAAAGAAAAGUUUAAUGAA